GCCGGAUGAGCGAUGGCUUCGUGCUGAAGAACGCACAAGUGGUCCAUUUACCACCUAAUUGCGGUCGGAUGCUGACGGUUGCUCACGGAAUCCCCGUUGCCGGAUUAGGGGCGACCGAUAUCGCUCACAACCAUCACCAACAAAUGCGCGGAACUCACCCAUCCACAACGUUCUCCGCAACUCCACCCUAACAACAAUACACAGCAGCCAUGUCAUCGUACCCGCCGCAGCCCGUAGCCACUAUUGACUGGAGCAACAUCGGGUUCAAGAUCCGUGAAGUCGCUGGCCACGUCGAGUCCCACUACUCUGUAAAGACCGCCAAAUGGACCGACCCAGUAUUUGUCGAGGACCCCUACCUCCGUAUCCAUGGCAUGGCCCCAGGACUCAACUACGGCCAGCAGUGCUACGAAGGUCUCAAGGCCUUCCGCGCUCCUGACGGCAACAUCAACAUCUUCCGUCCCCAGAAGAAUGCCGAGCGCAUGCAACAUUCGGCUUCCUUCAUUUCCAUCCCCGAGGUGCCGACGGAGCAUUUCCUUGCCUGCUGCAAGCUCGCCGUUGGCAUGAAUGCUGCGUACGUUCCCCCGCAUGAGACAGGCGCUGCCAUGUAUGUGAGGCCGCUGUUGUUCGGCAGCUCGGCGCAAUUGGGACUGAAUCCGCCCGAGGAGUACACCUUCGUCGUCUACUGCAUUCCAACUGGCGUCUACCACGGCACCCAUCCGGUUGAUGCCCUCAUCUUGGAGCACUUCGACCGUGCCGCACCCGAGGGUACCGGAUCUGCGAAAGUGGGAGGCAACUAUGCGCCUGUGCUGAGAUGGAGCGAGAAGGCGCGCAAGGAUGGUUACGGAAUCACUCUCCACCUGGACAGCAAGACGAGAUCAGUUAUUGAUGAAUUCUCGACGAGCGCCUUCAUCGGUGUCAAGAAGGAUGGAGAUAAGGUCAAGCUUGUUGCGUCCAACAGCAAGAACGUGAUCAGGAGUGUGACUGCCGACAGCAUCCUCAAGAUUGGCGAGUCUUUCGGCUGGGAAACGGAGUCCAGAGAAAUCCCCUACCAAGAACUCUCUUCCUUCGACGAAGUCCUCGCAGCCGGCACCGCGGCAGCACUCGUCCCCAUCAAAUCCAUUACCAUGGAAUCCAAGGGCGACAAGAUCACGUACAAGGACGCAGCGGAAACACCCGGUCCUGUCUGCGUCAAGCUUCUCAGCACCCUUAAGGGCAUCCAGCAAGGGAAGAUUGAAGACAAGUUCGGCUGGUUGUACCACGUUGACAAGCCUGCGGUCGGGGGACAAGAGCCGACCAAUGGCAAGAAGGAGGAGACUGUGGAUGAGCUGCCCUAAUGUGGGAAAUUGGUUCAAUGAAAUCAACUAGAUGUAUGAAACCCAAAAGUUUAUGAGCCAGGAUAGAAUCAGCAAACGAAUCUUGAUGCGGC